AUGAUCUGGAACCUACUGUCCAAUGUAUGGUAUUCUGUGAUUCUUAAUGGGAAACGGCAUGGCUUUUUCAAAUCUGAGAGGGGUGUUAAACAAGGGGAUCCCAUAUCCCCUUCUUUAUUUAUCAUUGUUGUUGAAGUUCUGUCCAUGCUCCUCAAUAACUUGUUUGACAAACCUGAAUUCAAUGGCUUCAGCAUGCAGCCUAAUGGUCCAAAGAUAAAUCAUAUCUCCUAUGCAGAUGAUAUUAUUAUAUUUUGUUCUGGUAAGACUGCUACUCUGAAGCUUAUUAUGGCUACUUUAACUCAAUAUGAGCUAAAUUCUGUUCAGCUGAUCAACAAAGAGAAGAGUUGCUUCCUGGUGGCUGAUGAUAUCUCUACUAAAAGAAAGAACAUCAUUCUCAGAAAUUUGAACUUCCAGGAGAAACAAUUCCCAAUUACUUAUCUAGGAUGCCCUUUAUUUGUUGGAAGGAAGAAGAUUCAAUAUUUUACAGAGGCUGCUACCAAAAUUAUUCAGAAAGUUGAUUCUUGGCAAGGCAAAAUGCUAUCUACAGGUGGUAAGAUUGUUCUUAUCAAACAUGUCCUCAGUGCUAUGCCUAUUCAUCUGUUAUCUAUAUGCCAGCCCCCUAAGAAUAUUCUUCAACAGAUUGAGGGAGUUUUUGCCAACUUCUUCUGGGGUACUCAUGAAGGACCAAAAAAAUCCCUUUGGACUGAUUAUCUAAAGGUCAAAUAUUGCAAAAGGGUCCAUCCUUUAGCCAGAAAAUUCAAUUAUGCCCAUUCUCAUGCUUGGAGAAGAAUGAUGAAAAUUAGGCACAGAGUGGAUCAUUUAAUUCUCUGCAGGUUAAUUCAGCCCAUUUGGACGGUUACUGCCAGUGGGAGAUUUGAUUGUAAUUCUGCAUGGAAUAAGCUCAGAACCCCUCAUAUCUCUUCUAUGAUUAAUAUGAUGAUUUGGCAUAAGAAGUGCCCUUUCAAAGUAUCUUUCUUCCUAUGGAGAAUCCUCAAAAACAAGACAUAUGUUGAUGUUAAUCUUGGAAGAUUGGGUAUUAAUUUACCGUCUAUUUGUUCAUGUUGCGUCAACCAUGCUCGGGAAGAUGAAGAUCACUUGUUCCUCAAGGGCAGAAUUGCCAGAAUGGCUAGAAAUUCCUUCUGUAUAAUUCAAGUCAAAUGGAAUCCUCCUAAUAAUGGUUGGGUGAAGAUUAAUUCUGAUGGUUGCUCUAAAGGUAACCCUGGCUUGAGUGGUAGUGGUGGUGUUAUCAGAAACCACCUGGGCAAUUUGGUGAUGGCCUAUGCUAUGAAUCUCAAUAUUCAAACCAAUAACUAUGCAGAGGCCAUUGCCCUGAAAUCUGGGAUUGAUUGGUGUAUCAACAAUGGAAAAAGAAAGGUGAUGAUUGAAACUGACUCCAUGAUGCUAAUCCACUGGAUACUGGACAUUGCUUAUACCCCUUGGCCACUUCAAAACAUCAUUUUGGAUAUCAAGACUCAACUGAAUUUUUUUGAAGACAAAACCAUUAAUCACUGUUUUAGGGAAUGCAAUAAGGUUGCGGAUUGUUUGGCAAAUUUUGGUUUGAACUGCAAUGGUACUAUUUGGCUCGACAACUCCCAGAUGCUACCAAAAGAGGUCAAAGGUGAGAUCAACAUGGAUAAAUUGCAACUUCCCUCCUUCAUAAUGAAACACCUCAAGAAUUCCUUCUAUCUGGACAAAGAAAUUCUCCGAAUGUACAACUUUGAUGUUCCUUAA